AUGAGAUCGCCCGGCGCCCACUGGGUUAUAAAAAGUAUAAAUGGCGCCUUCUGUGACACUAGCGCCAACCCCCCAUCGGCCGGUGGCACAGCAGCAGGGCGAGCCACCCCAGCUAAGCCGAGAUGGGCUAUCCGAAUACGCCGACAUCCGCUAGCGGGCGCUGUUGGUUGGCACAGGGCCACCGGUCGGUCCGACAGGCGGAACAUGCCGACCUUCAGAAUCCGACCAUAUGACUAA